AUGGAAGCCAUCUUUGAGUUUCUUGACAUUCUUGAAUUCAACCUAGUGCGAAGUCUGUGGCCCAUCUAUGUGCUCUGGGAGGUGGUGAGCCCCGAUGCGAUCUUUCUCCGCGCCGACCUGGCAGAGCUGCUGGGCAUCAAGGCUCUGGACGAGUUCCAUGCCUAUGCGCGUAGCUGGGCCGACAUCCAUAGCUUCCCCAGGCCACUUCAGCUAAGAGAAUGUUCAGGGUUUAGGUUUAACGUAACUUAG